UUAUUCACUUUAAAAGAUGAACUUUGAUUUCUCACCCCCCCCACACACACCCGUAUUUGGAAAGUACCCGGAAGUCAAACCGGAAACCGAAGCCUCAGCUGGGACUCUUCAGACUUCACUUCACACACUGGAGGAGACCAUGGCUAAGAAACUGGUGGUCAUCGACACGGACUGCGGCAUCGACGACGCUCAGGCCAUCAUCAUGGCCCUGGCAGCGCCCGACGUCCAGGUCCUGGGCGUCACCUGCGUGUUCGGGAACGCGGCCGUUGACGACGUGUGUCAGAAUGUUUUGCGGGUGCUCUCCGUCUGUGAGCGCGAGGGGAUUCCCGUGUUCCGAGGCUCCGGCGGUCCUCUGGUCAGAGACAGCAUGUCGUGUACUGACCACUUUGGAAGUGAUGGACUCGGAGAUGUGAUCGAGGACAAAGAUCCACGGUGGGAGGAGAAAAUCCAGAGAGAGCACGCGGCCAAUGCAAUGAUCAGACUGGUGUGUGAAAACCAGAACCAGGUCUCCUUGGUGGCCCUCGGCCCGCUCACCAAUCUGGCCCUGGCUGUCCGACUGGAUCCGAGUUUUCCCCAAAAGCUCAAAGAUCUGUACAUCAUGGGUGGCAACACGGAAGGAAAAGGAAAUGUGACCCUGUGUGCCGAGUUUAACUUUGCAAUGGACCCAGAGUCUGCCUACGUUGUGCUCGAAGAAUUCCUCUGCCCCACGUACAUUGCGUCGUGGGAGUACGCGUGCAGAAACGCACUGACGUGGGAGUUCUUCGAGGAGUUGAUCAAUCAGGACGCGCCCGCCGCCCGCUUCAUGAAGACGAUCACGUCCAAGUGCUCGGCCUACUCCAAAGAGGCCAUGAGGAACAAGAGAGACGUGUACUUCGGCCCCUGCUUCGUCUCAUACGACGCCUACGCGAUGGCGGCCUGCAUCGACGGCAGCGUGGUGACGGAGAGCGUGGAGUGUCCCGUCCGGGUGGAGCUGCAGGGCUCCAUCGCUCGUGGCAUGAUGGCGCUGGAUCGCACCGACACGUUGAAGAAGAGCCACAGUGUGAUUGUUCUGACUAAGUGUGACGUCGCCAAGUUCGGUCGGCUGCUAAUGGAGUCUCUCAGACAACCAUGUAAGAAGUGAUCUUUAAAACUGGAUACAUUGCUCGUACAAACGUGGCACUUAAUUGUGGAAAGCUGAAUAGAUGAGGAAAAAUACAAAUGUAGCUGCUUCCAAACACGACACCAGGGCUCACUGGACGGUUUGAUGUGUCUGAAAAUGGAGUGAAUCAUUUGCUACGGCCUUCGGUCACCAGGGACGAGAGUCACUGAGGCUGUACGUCUUCUAAAGGUUAUUUUUUUCUUUCUGUAAUUUGUCACCAAUCUGUAAGUGUAUCGAUGAAAAAAAAAGUACAAUCAGACUUACUUGCCUGAAUCAGAAUGUCACAGAAUUUGUAUUAUCAUAACUUUAAAAUUAGGCGUUGGGCUGAAAUCUGUUAUUUAAUCUUGAUGACAAACUGGGGGCCAUUCUACUGUGUAAUACAAACCAACUAAUCCUCACGCACGACUUUGAUAUAUUCAUCUUCCCCCUGGUUUUCUUGCUUCUCCGUCUCUAUGGUGCCGGUGAUUCGACAUCUAAAAUAGGCACAUGUAGGACAUCCAGCCUGCUUUCAGGAAGGAUAGAUCCCCUUCUCUAUUUGGGAAAGUCUCCGUGAUGCUCAGCCCUGCGAGAUCACUGGCGGUAGACUCAGCUGCUGUUGCAGCCGAGGGUUUUAAAAGCAGCGUUUUGUUUCUGACUCACCGGCGUCAGUGGCCUCUUGACAUUGACCUUUGCAGCCUGGUCUGGCUUCACACCUACUCUCUUGAAGCUCGUCACGGGGAGGGUUUUUCGCGCACACUGAGCUGCUGACCGUUACUGACCUGUUGGAGGUCGGGGUCCAGGUGCCUCAGUGGCGAGGAGAGAGUUCACUUCUCCAGGGAGGGUAACGUCAGAGUGAAUGCUGAGGAGGAGCUAAGAAAUGAGAGACUCCAUUCGUAAGGAGUCCUGUCUCUUGAAAACAGACUCCUGAGCAGGAAACCAUGAUGCAACGUUUGACGUCAAUAAAGCCCAACAAACCACU